AUGACUAAUCCCACUUCCAACACUUAUGGAGAUAACACCUCUCUUGCUCCCACCAUACUUCCAUCUCCCAUUGUCACCUCCAUGCCCGCUAUCAUCAACAUUAAAUUGGAUCGAUCUAACUAUCCACUCUGGCUAGCACAAAUCGUUCCCAUCCUGAGAAGUCGAGACCUCAUGGGGUUUGAUGACGAUACCUAUGUCUGUCCACCACCCACUCUUACUGAAGGCACUAUGGCCAAUCCUGCGUACUUUACUUGGAUUCAACAGGAUCAACUGAUCCUCAGUUGGAUCAAUAGUUCCCCUACACCAUCUGUGUUGUCUACUGUAUCUAGAAAUUAG